UCCGCGGACGGCACGUGCGGGGUGCGGAGGAGGGGCUUGAGGUGCGGGCUUGCUCUUGGGUCCGCGCGGCCGCGAAGCGGGGUGGCGGGUGCCGCGCACUUUUCGGUUGGCCAGCUCCGCCCCGGAUCCGCUGCCUGACGGUCCCCGGCAUGAAGGGGAACCCGGGAGGGUAGAGCCGAGACGACACGAUCGAUUGGCGCCUCCGCCCACCUGCCCCACCACGCCUUCCUGAAGAGUAGAUAGGUUGGAACCGCUCGGGAUUCCAACUCGCUGAGGACCAGGAGACAAAAUGUCAUCAAAUUUAUUGCCGACAUCACUGAAUUCUGGAGAUACAGUAAAGGAUGACUCAAUCAAAAAGGAAAGACCUUAUAAGAUCUUUUUCAAAGAUCUCUUUCUUUUCAAAGAAAAUGAAAUGGCAGCAAAGAGAAAGGAAAAAGUUAUGAACCGUAGCAUGAAAAUCCACCAAAAGUCUACUUUUUCAUCCCGAAUGAAGAGUCAUUCACACCUGAGGCAACUAGCUUUGCACUCUGAGGCAGGUGGUAGCUCAUUUGAAAAGUAUGGGCUAGAUCCCACUCUUAUUCUCAGAUUAACAGAAGGUGCAGACUCAAAAAGGACUGUCCAUGAAUUUAUUAAUGACCACAGAGACAGAUUUCUGCUUGAGUAUACUCUGUCAACCAAAAGAAACACAAUUAAAAAGUUUGAAGAAAGCAUAGCAGCGAAAGAAAGGCAACUCGUAAAAGCAGAAAGAAAGCUCCAAGAUGACACAAUGGCCUUUGAAGAGUUUCUUCGAGAAAAUGACCAGAGAUCAGUGGAUGCUCUUAAAAUGGCAGCACAAGAAACUAUAAACAAACUCCAAAUGACGGCAGAGCUGAAGAAAGCGAGUACGGAGCUGCAGGCCGUGAAGAGUGAAAUAGCAAAAACAGAAUUCCUCCUUAAUGAGUACAUGAAAUACGGGUUUUUCCUGCUGAAAUUGUCUCCAAAGCAUUGGCAAAUGGAGCAGGCACUUAAAAAAGCGCAGGCAACAAAAACAAAUACCAUCCUUCCAAAACUAGUCUCAGAAGACACCUUGGAGGAGCACAGGCAGACAUCACUCGUUUCGGAAGACUCUCCUCAUAAAAGUAGCCAAGGAAAGCCACUCAGGAAGUUCAGUCUCACCCCAGAGAAAACGAAAUCAACCACAUCAAACCAGGCUGAAAGUGUCAGUUCAGAAGACAGUUUGGAAUUAUUUUCAGAUGAUAUGGACUUUGAUGUGGACCCAGUGCUAUAUUUCAAAGAACCAGAAGAGUUGCUUCAAGUCCUCAUAGAGCUGGAAGAGCAGAAUCUUACUUUGGUCCAAUAUUCCCAAGAUGUAGAUGAAAAUCUUGAAGAUGUAAACAAAAGAGAAAAAGUUAUACAGGAUAAAAUAAAUAGCAACAUAGAGUUUCUUUUGGAGCACAAGGAAAUGCUUAAGGCUAACUGUGAGAGAGAAGAAGAAAAAGCAGCAGAAUUGGAAUUAAGGUCCCGGCUAUUUAAUUUUGGAGAAUUUAAUUCAGAUGCUCAGGAAAAACUGAUAGAUUCACUUAGUAAAAAAAUUAAUCAAGUGUACAAAGUCUGCAUUGGAGACGCUGCGGUCAGCAGCCUCAGCACGGUUCAAAAGCUGGUAAAAGUAGAGUCUCGCCUGGUGGAGCUGAGUGAUCUCAUUGAGGGCAUUCCCAAAGAAAGCAUGGAGGCAAUUGAGAGGAUGAAACAGAAAGAACGGCGGCAAAAGUUGCGUGAUGAGAAAAUGAGAGAAAAACAAAGAUACCAGGAAGAAAGACUAAAAGUUGCUCUGGAAAGGGCAGUAGCACAACCAAAGAAAAAGUUGGGAAGACGACUUGUCUAUCGUUCAAAACCUCCAUCUGGUAGCAAACAAAGAAUACUUUUAGUCAGUGAUACAAGAACAAAAACACAAGAGGAAGAAUAUUUUUUUACUUGAAAAGCAGCAGUAAGACAUUUCAUUGCCAGAAUGUUUUUAGGUAUAUUUUGUCAAUUUUGGCUUUCAGUAAUGGCAAUAUUCUGCCCCAUAUACUGGCCUAAUCACUUUGAGGAAGACAGGCCCUUAUUCUAAAGAGCUACAGGAUUAUUUUCUAUUGCUGAAGCCUUUCAGUGUUCAUAUCGUAAAGUACUAUUCUAUAUAGCUAAACAUU